AUGUGUAAGGAGAGAUUCUAUGGCGAGCAUCUUCAUCGUGACGAAGUUUGUGCUGGGCGCUGGGAUGGUGGAAAGGACGCUUGUCAAGGAGAUUCUGGAGGCCCAAUGUUUGUCGAAGAAGGCAACGUUCAAACCCAAAUUGGCGUUAUCAGUUGGGGGCAGGGUUGUGGCGAGCCAAAGAAACCAGGAGUGUACGCCUCCGUCGCAUUUCACCAUAGUUUCAUCAUGGAUGUUGUUUGCGAAACGUUGAACACAGAGGAAAUCUGCAAGAAUCACCCAUCCUACGCGCCGCCAACACCAUCCCCAUCCAGGAUUCCUUCAGCGGCACCUUUCGAAUCACCAUCUGAAGCUCCUUCGUCAGACCCUUCUCGAUCCUUUGCUCCAUCCGAAUCACCGUCAGCAAAUCCAUCCAGUAUUCCUUCGGCAGCGCCAUCAACACAAUCGAAUGCCCCUUCGGUAGAACCAUCGCAAACUUCAUCUGAGAUGCCUUCUGGAGCUCCGUCCGAUUCGCUAUCAGUACAUCCAUCGAGCAGUGCUUCAGCAGCGUCAUCGGCCACCCAAUCUAACGUUCCUUCGGUAACUCUGUUGCAAUUUUCAUCUGAAACGCCUCCUGGAGCUCCUUCAAUGGCCCCUUUUACGAAUACUUCGGCACCGUCUGAUUCACCAUCACUGACGCCAUCUGUGGUCCCAUCAGACAUGCCCUCCUUAACUCCGUCGACGCAACCUCCAGUUUCAGAAUCAAGAUUUUUUUCAGAAAUUAUGCACUCCUCAUCAGAACCAAUUGAUGCACCGACUAGCAAACUAUCACAAUCUUCAUCUGGAGCUCCUUCUGUUACCCGCCCUUCUAAGAGUAUGUUGGCUCCGUCCGAUUCACCAUCACUGACGCCAUCAGUGGUCCCAUCAGACAUGCCCUCCUUGGUUCCAUCGCAAUUCCCAGUCUCAGAAUCAAGGCUGUCUCCAGAAAUUGUGGACUCCUCGCCAAUCGAUGCACCGACUAGCAAACCAUCAAAAUUUUCAUCUGGAUUUCUGAUAAGACCAGCAAAUGCACCACAGUCAUGCCGCGGAAUUUGCUACGAACCCUGGUCCUUCACCAUGAAGAAUCCAAAUGAAACAGUCAUCUUGCCCAACGGCACUGAACAUCCCUGCUUUUUGAUCGAUUCCGUACUAAAGAUGCAACAGGAAGACACCGAAAAUAAUUUGUGUAUCAAACAAGCCCUGGAAGCACGGAAUGCUGGCUGCAAAUGUGAAUAG